ACUCUUUUUAAUUUUUGUUUGGUAGUUGCAAAGAGGUGAAAAUUCUCCAACUCCAAUUCAUCCCCCUCUUGGAGUACAUUGAGUCAACAAUUGGUAUCAGAGCAAGGGCUCCAAUUUGAAGGUUUAACCACCUAGGAGUUGAUCGGGGAUGGCUCAAUUUCAAUCUUCUCAACCACUUGAAGGUUUGUCUACCACUAAGCCUCCUUUCUUUGAUGGUCCAUAUGUACCUAUGAAAAUUGUUGGAGAAAGAGAGGUGCCAAAGGAAGAGAUUGAUUGGAAUGAUGAAGACUUGGUGAAGAUCAUGAUCAACAACAAAGCAAUCAAUAUGCUUCAAUGUGCUCUCAAUCCAACGGAAUUCCAUAGAGUAUCCGAAUGUGAUAUGACUAAGGAGAUAUGGGACAUGUUGGAGGUAACACAUGAAGGAACAAGCCAAGUGAAGGAGUCAAAAAUCAAUAGACUCAUUUACAUGUAUGAGCUUUUCAAGAUGAAACCAGAGGAGAGCAUUCAAGAUAUGUAUACAAGAUUGAAUGAUAUAGUCACCAAUCUCAAGGUUCUUGAUAAAAUCUAUCCUUCUCAAGAAGUAGUGAGGAAGAUUCUUAGAAGCUUGCCCAAGAAUUGGGAAGCCAAGAAGACCGCAAUUGAAGAGUCUAAGGAUCUCAACACCCUCAAGCUUGAAGAUCUCAUUGGAAAAUUGAUGACAUAUGAGAUAGAAGUUCAAGUUGAUGGUGGAGUUGAAGUAGUUGAGAAGAAGAAGAAGAAGAAGAAUGCUGCUUUCAAGGCUAGCAACCAAAAGGAAGAGAGUGAAGAUGAUGCUAGUAAUGAUGAGUCUAGCAAUGAGGAGGACAUCACCAAAUUGAUUUCAAAGGAAGUGAAGAGAUUCAUGAAGAAGAACAUCAAGAGCAAGCUUGCAAAAAGAGAUGAAGGAGAGUCUACCAAAAGGAGUGUGAAAUGCUAUGAGUGCAACAAGAUGGGGCACUAUAAAAAUGAAUGUCCCAAAUUGAAGAAGGGUGAAAGGAAAAACAAGAAAAGCAUGAAGAAGAAAGCUUUUACCACCACUUGGAGCAAUGAUGAGAUUAGCUCAACGGAAAGUGAAAGCUCCUUAGAAAAUGGUGUUGCAAAUCUUUGCUUCAUGGCUCAAGAGGAUAGCUACAAUGACGAGGAGAAACUAGGAAAUGAUAAUGUUGCUCUUACUAAAACCAUUUCAUUGCUUAGGAAUGAGAUUGAAUCUCUCUCAAAACAAAAUGAGGUUUUAGUUAAAGAGAAUGCCUCUUUAAAUGGUGAGAUUGCUUCUUUAAAGAAUGAGGAGUCUAAUAAUGCUUUGAAAAAGGAAAAUGAGGAUUUAAAGAAAGCAAAUGAAGAUUUAAAGAAGGAAAAUGAGGUUUUAAAGAGAAACGCUUGUGAUCUUGAGAAUGUAAUUUUCAAAUUUACCUUAAGAAAAGUUGAUGGCAAAGUCAUAAGGAAAGCAAAGUAGAUCUUAAAAAGACUUAUGUCUCAAUAAGAGUGUUGGAGUGGAAGUGCAAAGGAAAUUUGUUUUUGAAUGCUCCACUCAUUUGCAAAAAUUGGUAUUAUUUAUUUUAUUGUAUUUAUUCAUUAAGUAUAAUCACAUUAGCAUGACUAUUAAUUAUUGGUUUAUGUGUGCUCACUCUUUGAUUCAUAUGCUUGUUGAGUAUGAUUCCAUUUGAUGUGUCUUUCCUAGUGUUUAAUAUGAUUCUUGAAAUUAAUGAAUUUGAUUAUUAGAA